GCUUGUUUCGUCUUCUUUUUUUGGCAAUCACAUUGUCGUAGCGUCAUCAUUUAUGCACCCACGAGCUAUCGCAAUAUUUAACCUCCUACAACAUUUGCACCCACCUGCGCACCUACAAGUUGUUCCAAACAUCGCAAGUAUUAACGGACGACCAUUAUAAUUAUAUUAUGAUUCUCUGUUUUAUGCCCUCCCUCGGUUAAGUCAUGUCGUGGUGCUCCUUUUCCUCAGUUUUCUAUGGCCUCAUUGUUGUAGCAACAUGACAAUGACAACAAAUAAUUUAUUUUUGAGGAUGCUUCUCCUCUCAGGGGGGCGUGGAAACAAUCAUGGUAAGAAAAAGCGUAGUCGUAUUUUAUCUCGCUCUUUUCUAGUACUAGUCCGAUGUUGCUUAAUCAGUUGUCCCUUUCUUAGCGAUUUGCUUGGGGAGGAGGCAUUGUUUAAUUUUUCUGGAAGCAGUACGAGUAGUACGGUAGAUUAUGAUCAUGAUGAUAAUAUCUCUUCAGAAGGAGGGGUUAAAAUAACUUCAUCUCAAUGCCAUGGUCGCUCACGUUUGUCUGGAAUCGUGUUUGUGCAUGCAGGUCGUUUUGGAUCUACGACGAGGAGGUUCUCUUCGGACAACUCCAAGGCUGAAGAAGAGGAUGGGUUGGAAGCUUGGGUGCCCGACGAAAACCACGUCAUCAAAAGCACGAAAAGGCGGCUUGUCUCAGGGCAGAGGCCGACGUUGGAUAGUCACGCGGGACCAUCGGCAGCCGAGGACGGUGAUGAACCGACUAGCCAAAUAAUUUCUAGAUCGUCUCGUUCUCGUCCGGCACGGAGGCGUUAUUUGACAGCGUCCUCUACGUCAAACAAUGGCACAGCUGUCGAUCCUUGCAGUCUCAUUGCGAACAGAACCGUAAAUGCGUCGAACAGCACAACUAGUAGUACUGCAACAACGUUGGACAACAGCAGUAACGCGAGUAAUUAUACGACGGGUUGCAUAGUAUUCAACGCUACUGGCAAUGCGGCACGCGUCAUCCUCGACGGGGAAGAAUUUUUCCUCGUCAAUGGUGAUCAGAUUCUCACAGGCGAAGAAUAUCAGGCGCAGCAAGAUGCGCUCACUACGUCGACCACCACGACGACCACCACAACGACAACGACGACUACCACGACGACGACUACCACGCCAGAAAUCUUGAUUAACACCACAACAACUCUGCCUUGUGUGAAUUACACAAUCACGCAAUGCGAACCGAUUAUAGCCAAGGUGUGCAUGUGGAGUGCGACGACAACGUCGACGACAACUACAACUGCGGCGGGCAACAGCACUUCACGCCGGCUGUUGGCGAGCUCUACUGCUGGCCGCGGUUUCAUCCACGAGGGGCAGAGUAGUACAGCGGCGACGACCCGAAGUCUUCUAGAAGCUUCGCCCGAAGCACGACCUCGCCGCAGUCACGGUCAACAAGAUGAAGAGCCUCUGUUUGUAGUUGGUCGCCAUCAGGAGGAUCCACCUGUUGUUGCAGCAGGCAGAUCUUCGAGUUUUCCACGGCAAAGCAUUUACGUGGACAUCACAUCGAGCCGACGAGUCGGUCUUACGAUUGGAGAAACCCCACGCCUACACGAGAGUCGUUUACUGGAGCAGAGUACAGCUAGCGGUAAUGUUCCAGUGCAUGGGAAGAACGUGUUGACACUAUGGGAAGACGCUCAAGUCGUACAAAAUUACGUGUUGCGAGAUGACGAUUCGACUAUGACCUGUCCGACUGAAAUACAGGGCAAAACGAUCGCUUUGGAUAGCGGAAGCAUGCAAGCAGCUACAACCUCUUCUGAUAAUCUGUGUCCUGCGCAUGCCACGUUGAAGUUUGAACAGUUGGAGCUGUCUAUGAGAGAAACGUGGCGAAUUGCCGGCACACCUGAAGUUGCAGAAGACUUGUUUGGCGUCAGGCUCUUGGGUGGAAUACCCGAGCACAGAAUGUAUGCACUAGAUGGUGCGACUGAAGCGGCGCUGAAAGGAGAACAAGAUCGGUAGCGCGUUAACAUUAAUACGCACCCCUGAUAUCGACAUGCAUGGAUAAUUAAGAUAAAGAUUUUGAAACGAUCUGGAGCAGUACGACCUACUUUAUCAUCGUCUGUUGCCUGUGCCGAAAGAUCGAUAACUUAAAAUCCCUACUCUGAGAAUAUUCAGUUUCAGUAUCUGCCAGUCAUCUCAGGAGAGAGUUUAUUGAAUGAAUCAAAAAUUUCAACAUCACUCAGGUCGCCCUCAGCAUCUCUGGAGGCGAGUCGCAUUUUGCUUCCGGCGGUUCCGCGCGCUGGAAGGGAAGGUGACUACGAAGGUGAGGGCCGGGUAAGGGAUGUGGAAGGUUUUCCGAUAUAUGUGAAUCCCUUCUUUGAUGAUUGGGUGUUUGAACCUGUGUCAGACUUGUUCUUUGAAGGCGCCACAGGCCUAUUAAUGUCGUGGUUUUCGGCACGGAACGAACAAUACAAACCUCGAGAUGUGACGCCAUCACUGAAUGAGGAUUUUACUGCUAGUAGUAGUGAUGUUGUAGCGCAUCGUCGACUACUCGAACAAGAUGGGACUGUAUUGACAACUACAAGUUCCUCUGGAGAUUUAUGGUCAUCUACCGCUCUCCUGCGGCAGCUUGCUGCUGGGAAUGCAACAAGCAAUAGUAGUCGUGCUUCUUCGUCGUCAAGCAAUAGUACUAACAACUCUGCUGCGAAUAUUACAGCUGGACCUGCUAACCUUACGAACACUGCUUCCUCGGUGGGUUCCUCAAAUAUCACCGGCCAGCAGAACGUGACUAUGUACUACGUUUGUAUGAAUGUCACGGUGGGGCAUGUAUGCCAGAAUGUUACGGGCUGUUUUCCGCCGACGACGAGCACAACCACGACUACUCGUGCUUAUUACAAGGUCGUCUUUCCGACACCGGUACCGCCGACAACAACAACCACGACGACGACGUUGCUUACUACGACCACGACAACAACAACGACGACCGUUGACGCAUCAGGAAACUUGCUAGUCGCCACCACUACCACAGCUCCUCCACUGACCGUGGCUUCGAUAACGACGCCCCCUGUUACCGUCGCUGCUGCGACGACCACAUCGACCACCACCACCACAACCUCGACAACGACGACCACACCCGCGAAUCGUGUGGAGCUGCUUUCAGAAUACGGCUCCGUGGAGUAUUUCCCAGAUAUGGUACCAGCAAGCGCCAUCUUCCGCUCGCAGGCCUACCUCGACGCGAAAAGGGACGGUAUCGCGGCGGGUCUGGGUCUUUUGCCCUAUAUGAUCGAGGUCCUCCAGUGCCGGGUCGAUCUGAGCACCAGGGCAUUGGGUGGAGCUUUGGAGUCAUGGAGAGAAGCUCCUGCUGAGCAGGAUGAAGAUGAUUAUGUUCAUCCAACGACGGUACACCGAGUAGAGCAUGAGGACAAACUAACGAAAGUCGUUUCAUCAACGGCAGCAGAGCAGCGUAACAUCAUAGAAAAUCCAAAUACUUUGCUUUCAGAAUCUUCAAUGGAUUUGGAUAUCCUCCUCAUGGAGGGCGAACAACAACGAGAAUCAAAAGCGAAUCCAGCUAAACGACGACUUGCGUAUCAAGAACGAGUGGUCACGGAAUUUCGGAUUCUCAUAUCCGAAGAUCUGUUAUCGCAUGCACUGGUGGCGAGCCACGUCAAUUCGACGCUGCGUGCGGCAAUUGCUGGAAGCAAUCCACAUGUCGCCGCAUUGCUUACCGGAGCGACGGUACCAACAGCAGAGGCUGGCGAAACAGCAGCGCAGGCGCUUCAGAGAGAGAUCGCAUCGUCGUUAGUCGUUAACGACCUCUUUGCAGGGGUCGCUACUAUAACCGAGGAACUGCCCAGUUCCAGUGCGGCCAUCCAACAAGCAACCGCGACAGCCUUGCAAGCAGCGCCACUUGAUCCGACAUUGUUCACGGAAGGAGCGCCGACACUCAGCGUGAAUGCGGUAUUCCUACUUCUGAGAGAUAAUUGUCAUUGCAAGUUUGAUGGGAUGUUUCAUUUUUACAGCUGCGGGGUUAAUUGAAACAUAGACUAAUCUCGCAUAGAGACAUUGUCCCUGACUUAGUUAUUUUUGUGCUAUGUAUNCGCCACUUGAUCCGACAUUGUUCACGGAAGGAGCGCCGACACUCAGCGUGAAUGCGGUAUUCCUACUUCUGAGAGAUAAUUGUCAUUGCAAGUUUGAUGGGAUGUUUCAUUUUUACAGCUGCGGGGUUAAUUGAAACAUAGACUAAUCUCGCAUAGAGACAUUGUCCCUGACUUAGUUAUUUUUGUGCUAUGUAUAUAUAGAGUAAGUAAAAUAUCGGGUUUCGAGUUACUCGAGUUGCAACGAGUUGCUCGAGUUGCCGAAGCGAAGGGCUUCAAUUCUUGAACGAGUUGCCACGAGUUACCGGAAGCCAUCCGCUUCACCGGAAUGCGGCGCAGCAGGGCGGUAUGGACACGGUUGCGGCUGCGCGAAGUGAAGAAGUGGCUGCUUUUGUUGUUGCUCUCUCAUGAGAGGGGCGGCCGGUUGUGAAGGGCUCCCCAGCGAGUCCUUCCGGCUUUUUUUCUUGUACGUAGCGCGUGGGCGCGCGUUCGAAGCACAGCCAGGCACUAAGGGGCCGACGGCUUCGCCUCGUUGUUGUUUUUGUUUGAGGGGAGAGGGUGUCGCUGUGGCUUGUCGUUGGGUCGGUGCCAAUCUCUCCCUUUUUUCUUCGGAUGUGUUCGUGGCCAGUGAGUCUCUCACUCUUUUGGGACUGGGAGUGGGUUCCCGCCUGCUUUGGCGAACGGCUCACUCAGCCGAGGAAGCAAGUAGAGAAGAGUACGUGGCGGAUGCCUUGCGUGUUUGAUCAAGUGGCUGGGAGGGGUUCCCGAGCUGAGGGCGGUCGCUCCCUCACUCUCGUCGCUGGUGCGCAUUAAGAAGAAAACCAGGGAUCCGGGGCAUGUCGUGGAGUGUCAUACGCUCCUGCUAAGGUAUCCCAGAGUCUCACAAAGCUGCGCCCGAAGGGCGCCGCGCAAAAAAUUACGGCGAGCAACUCGAGCAACCCGAGCAACCCGAGAAACUCGACCCGUGACGGGCCAAAAAAUUCCUGCCUCUAGUAUAAAUAUCUUUCUGCCCUGUAAAUUUAAUGUUCUUUUCGUUUUGCGAUCUUCCUGGUCAUGUUGUUAUCUGCCAGGUUGCGUCUGCGAGCCUUAAUGCUUUUGGGGAUUUUUCCACCACGGCCGCACCGACGACCACAACCACAACGACUACUACGGUCACUGAGACGACCACGAGCACCACGACGAUGCCGCCUGUCGUCGAAGAUGACGAGCUAA